UACUUUCUGUUAAUUUCCGUUCUUUUCAGCUCAGACCUGCUGCUGGAUGACAAUCUAUUUCAGAGGGGAAGCGGAAUUAUUGCCUCAGCGGUUUUUUCCCUUCUUUUGUGUGGAUUGUAUCUUUGGUGGCGACAUAUUGAUUGAACACUUAUUUUAAGGAUUUUUGGGGGGAAUUAUUUGUUCAUUCAGUAAGAUGGGCUGCGCUGGAUUCACCUGCUCCAAACACUCCCUAUGCGCGCUCAACAUCCUCUAUGUUAUGGUGAGCCUGUUGAUGAUCGGCAUCGCAGCGUGGGGGAAGUGGUUCGGUCUGGUCUCCAGUUUCCAAGUGGUGGGAGGCAUCAUCGGUGUGGGCGUCUUUCUCUUCUUUGUGGCCCUGGCCGGCCUCAUCGGGGCCAUGAAGCAUCACCAAGUCCUGCUCUUCUUUUACAUGAUCAUCCUGUUCAUGGUAUUUAUUGUGCAGUUCUCUGUUUCCAGUGCCUGUCUGGCCAUCAACAGAGAGCAACAGGAUGAGCUGCUGGAGGUGGGCUGGAAUAACUCUCAGAGCACUCAAAGGGAUGUAGAGAAGAGCCUCAACUGCUGUGGUUUCAAGCAUUUUUACACCAAUGUCACCUGUGACGCAGCUUGUUUUCCCAACAACUCCUGUUCGCCCUGUGCAGAUAAAAUUCAGGAACACGCUGGAGAGGUUCUCCACUUUGUGGGAGGGAUUGGACUUUUCUUCAGCUUUACAGAGAUUCUGGGAGUAUGGCUCACGUAUCGCUACAGGAACCAGAAGGAUCCCCGAGCAAACCCCAGUGCUUUCCUGUGAGACAGCGGCAGCUCCAGCCUCUCUGCGUUCACCUUACCACCUCUAUGGACCUUCUCUGGUCUUUUCCUGUAAAUACAAGACUGACCUGUGUGUUUCCUCUGAUUGCUGCAGUGAUGCUGUUCAAAUGUGUUUGGUUUUCAAGACUGAAAGUGUGUUCUGAAAAGUAGUUGUGUGUGAAGAAACAGUGCACGCGCUGCUUCUAACAUGAAGCUCUGCCUGGAUAAGCAUCUUAUACUGCACACAGAGAACAUACACAGUUAGUACACUGACCACUGAUAAAAGAGGGAAUAUUGUCUACAAUUGUCUGCUGUAUAUUCCAAAAGUAUUUAUGCAGCCUGCCUGAUGUUGACCCUGAUCCACUAUUUUUUUCCCUUUUUUGCUGUCGGUCCCACUAAACGCAAUAAUGUCAGCCACUUUUCUGCGUUUUGAUUUCUAAAUUAUUUUGACCGUGUAUGAAAGUGUUAAUAUGGUAACCUGGGAGUUUUUAAGCCUAUAUGAGAAUGUGUGUGGGUGUGUGUGUCACUGGCCUACUAGUCUGCCUUGCUGGCUGCAUACUGUGUAUUUGGCCUUUUGCAUGACUCUUCUGCAGAUAUAAGCAACUUUAUAAGAACUGCAAUCAUGAUUCUGUAAACCACCUGUCUGAGCCUUUGUACUGUAAACCACAAUAAAACACUAAUGGAGGAAAAGAAAAUCACUUUCUCUACAUAAUUAA